GAGGAGCGCGAGGACGAGGGGCAGGCGGAGGCAGCCGUGCCAGUGGCGAGGGAAGUGAGGCGCGCCGAGGCGGUGAGCUUUCUGCCCUUCCCCACGGAAGCCAUCACGCUGGAGCGCGGCCUCACUCUGCUCAAGGGCAAGGCGUCCACAACCAUGCUGGUGGGGACAACGUCGGACCUGGUGCCGGGCAAGUAUGAAGGCGGGUUCAAGCUGUGGGAGGCGGCGGUGGAUCUGAUAGAGGCAGUGCGGGCUGACAUGCAGGACGGCACGCUCUCCUUCCGCCGCAAGCACGUGCUCGAGCUGGGCUGUGGUCACGGGCUGCCAGGCAUUCUCGCCUGCCUCAAGGGGGCGGCGGUGGUGCAUUUCCAGGACUUCAACGCGGAGGUGCUGCUCAACCUCACCAUCCCCAACCUCCAAGCCAACCUCGCUGCCGCCGCCGCUCCCCCGCAUGAGCGCAGGGAGCACGGGGCGGGCAUUGGGGCAACCCACGUGCCACUGGACGGUGCAUCUGGCAGGCCCUCCUUCUGUGCAUCGCCACGUGGCACCGCGGCAUUGGGUCAUGGUGGUGGGAGGGCGGGUGGGGGCGGGUACGACAUCAUCCUGACGGCGGAGACGGUCUACUCGCCGCGCUCCAUGGCCAAGCUGCUCGCCCUCGUCUGUAAGUGUCUGCGGCGGCCGCACGGUGUGCUGUACGUGGCGGGCAAGAAGCACUACUUUGGGGUGGGCGGCGGCACACGCCAGUUCAAGGCCCUCGUGGACCAACAAGGUUCGUUGCACGGCCACUUGCUCAAGGAGGUUGUGGAUGGCUCCUCCAAUGUUCGGGAAGUGUGGAAGUUUUUCUACCAGGACUGA